CCAGGUUCUGCAACCUGCCUGCCGUCGCCGGUCCCCCUUCCGUGGCAUCGAGCUGCAAAGCCCCCUCCUAUAGUCAUGUCCUCCCUUCGUGGGUUGUCCCUGGUUGCUGCUUCUGGAACUGGGGUGAAUGCAUUUGUCCCCAGCCUGGGCAGAGGAGGAUUAGGAACUCCAUAGGCAUCCUUCAGUCUCGAGAGACUAUGGUAACAUGCUCUGAAUGGAGGAGUGUCCUCUCCAGAGCAUGAAGCCCGGCGUGUCUCUCAAGUCUGAGAUCAAGAAACUGAUCUACAUGCAGGUGUCACUGUGGCUGCUGGUGGUGGCCCAGAUGUGCGUAGCUCACUUCAAACUCCUGCCCCAUGACCAAGUGGCCAUGCCUUACCAAUGGGAAUACCCAUACUUGCUUAGUAUCGUCCCUUCGCUCUUUGGACUCCUCUCCUUCCCCCGAAACAACAUCAGCUACUUGGUGAUCUCCAUGAUCAGCACUGGCCUCUUCUCGAUAGCGCCGCUCAUCUAUGGCAGCAUGGAGAUGUUUCCAAUGGCACAGCAGCUCUACCGCCAUGGAAAGGCCUACCGUUUCAUCUUUGGCUUCUCCGCUGUGUCCGUCAUGUACCUGCUCAUUGUGAUCGCUGUGCAGGUUCAUGGCUGGCAGCUUUAUUACAGUAAGAAGCUCCUGGACUCCUGGUUCACCAGCACCCAAGAGAAAAAGAAGAAAUGAGACAAGUGGGGAGGGAGUUGCAUGUAGGAGGCACUGUCUUGGGGCUGGGGGGCG